AUGAACCUCAUGUCUUUCCAGCUCGCUCUCCUAGCCACAAUCUUGCUCAUCUCUCCCAUCAUCGCAGACAUCUCUUUUUGUAAAUGCAUGUGUUUCUCAAACUACACCAUCGUCCCACUUUAUCGCCCAAAGGAUAUAGCAAAACCUUGCUUGACUUGUACAAAACAAUUCUGUCUCGAUCAGAAACUCGCCAUCUGUCAGAAUGCUCAACUCGGUAACACAAAUCCUGAUACAGGAACUGGGGAUGAGGGCGAUGUCAGAACAAAGUGCUUUCAAAGGGAUUCUGCAAAAGACGCCACCAUCGUCAUUGGAUUUAUCAUCAUCACCACCGCUCUUCUCUUGGGCGCCUUUCUAAAAGAGUACGCCGCCGGGGCUUACGAGAAAUUCUCCUUCAGGGCCUCUCUCACCCUUAGGCUGCAGCCAUUUGCCAUUUUCAACCCUAGCACACCGCGACCCAUGUGUUUUCCUUGUGUGCCUAUGUGGGCACAUCAACCAAGAUUAGAUUUCUCACUGGCAAUGCCAGAAUACUCUGCUAAAACACGCGAUAGCUGGGAUUCAUUUCAAUUAACUCGUCUCGAUCCUGCUCAAACGCACAAGAUCUGUGAUUGCAGAUGGCAAUUAAAUUACUCUCACGACUAA